GGGCCUCAGCUUCUUACCAUCAUGGCCGAUCUGGGCUUCGACAUUCCUAACUUCAACCACAAGGUCGAGUAUUUUCGAGAACUGCUGGAAGAAGAAGGAUGUACUAUCUACAAUCCCAAACGUCACCCGGCCAUAGAACUCAUGCUCUGUUGCUGGGGGCGUGGCGAGCUCCUUGAACGAAACAUUGGCACAAUCGAGCUCUCUUCAGCUGGCUCCUUAGUACUACCGCCCUUUCCUAAGAGUGGCGUCAUUACCGUUCAAUCUGAAUAUCUCGAACUUGAAAAGCGCAUAAUGUACCAGUACGCUUACGACCAUGCAAAUCCAGGCGAUAGACGCGGGGCCCUUAUUACUGGGAUGCCUGGGAUUGGUAAAUCAGUGUUUCUUCUAUAUCUUCUAGCGAAAACACUAGCUCGCAAACAACCGGUAUGCAUCCAUAUUCAAGAUCGGACAUUUGCCAUUCUUGGACCCGAAGCAACAGAUGUGUAUAUUGUUCCAAACUCUUCUGAAAUCUUCACAGAUGAAGUUCUGUUCGACAUGCUUUUUUUAAUAGACAUGAGCUGGAGCGAUGCAGACAAUCCCGGAUUUAUGGACACAUCGAAUACGUUUUACCACGUUGGGGUGUCUACCCCGAACCGGUUAAAACGACUCCAUACUUGGCAAAAGGAGCUUUAUAUCACUCCUCUCGUGAUGAACCCACCCGAUGUUGCGGACGUUGUCAAAAUCUUCAUGCACACCUACUCCGAAUCAGGGCUUACAGAACAAAAAAUGCAGAACUUUAUCCGCCGUUUGAUUCAAACCUUCAAUAUGGACCUGCAUCGUUUCAAGGCCAUCUUCACUCAUCCUCUGUUCCAGUCAAACAGGUCCGCCGUUUUGGCCAUGGAGGUCGAUAGCUUCGUGAAUGACGUCCGGGCCGCUCUUCUAUCUAUGAAAGCUGAAGACGUCGUUUCGCUGAUAAGCGCCGGUUCAGACUCUCCUCAGCACUUCCAUCGGCUUAUUAACACAUACCGAAGGCUACCGCCGACUGCCUUGGAGCUUCUUCGUCGUGACGAUAUGCGACAUGAAGUCCGGUCUCCCUUGGUGGUGAACCUAAUCUGUGAGGCGUGGACAAGCCAGGCCGACAAGAUGCGGACGGUUAUGGCGGCCUUACUUAGCUCCGAGAUGAAGAUGGCUGCAGCUCUUGGCUGGUUCUUCGAAGCGGAAGGACACACUCAUAUCGUUACCAACCAGAGCCUCAACAUCUACCCGAUGGCCCAGAUGCAGGUUGGAAACAACAUCUGUCUGAAUCAAGAUCACAACGUGCAUGCCCAACCUAUGGAAAUCGGUCAACGUGUCAUGAAGUUCUAUGACUCCACAUCCGACCCUUCAACGACCCGUGAGCGGAACGCUUAUUAUGUCCCCAUGCAGGUCAACAAUCCUCUCUUCGACUCUUUUCUGGUCGGCGAGGACUUUGGUGCUGCGUUUCAAAUGACCAAGUCAGGCACACACAGCUUCAAAACUAAAUACCUCAAGCUACUUCAAAAUCGGAUGGAGGCGAUCUGUGGCAAACGACCAUCUACCUUUUAUUUUGUCUUCCUUAUACCGAAGGGCAGGAAUCUCAAGAUCCGUAUACCAGAUACCCGUGUAACUCGGGUGUUCAAGUACUAUACACUACCCCUCGCCUGUAAGUCACUGAAAUAUCAAGACCCCGAUGAGGUGAAGAUCAUGUUGGAGCAGAAUGGCAUGGGUGGUAUGCUGGAUGAGGUGGAGCCUGAGGAUGAUGAAUAUGUCGAGGAUAGCGAAACAGUGGAUGAUGGGGAGGUAGUCAUGGAUUGAUGGAUAUCACCUCGAGAGGAUGACUCUUUUCUUUUCUUUUCUCCCAGAGACUUCCAUUUACUGUAUCUUAAUCGAUCCGUGGUAAUCCGUACUUUCGAC